UGCUAGUCGAGUCUCGACCAUUCCCUGUUUCUUCCCUCCCUUUCUCUCCUGUAGAGUCCCCGGUGGAACUGCUUGAGCUGGAAGUUCUCUGUCUCAACCUUACUUUACCUUCCAUCUCAUCAUAACCUCAUCCUUCCACUGAAACGUCAACGCCCUAUAAAACGAACUGGUCGCAAUCAUGGAUGAGAAGAGCUACGACUCUGGGUCCAAGGUGGCCCAGGCAACCGGCGAACAGCUGCCGGCCUAUGGCGACUCCUCACCCACCAAGGGCAGCAUCGGCCAACGCAUCAUUGAUAGCUUCAAGCGGGAUCCUAAUGCAUACAUCAACGGCGGUCACGCUUCUACAGGCGCCGAUGGCUCUGGCUUCGAUGCCGAGCAGGCUGCUCACAACACCGCGCACUCGCCGCUGCAGCGCCGCUUGAAGGGCCGUCACUUGCAGAUGAUCGCCAUCGGUGGUUCAAUCGGUACUGGUCUCUUCGUUGGUUCUGGAUCGGUCCUUGCUACCGGUGGUCCAGCAUCGGUUAUCAUCGCCUACGUUCUCAUUGGUAUCAUGCUUUACUGCACCGUCCACGCGCUGGGCGAGAUGGCUGUUCUGUUCCCCGUUGCCGGAUCUUUCUCUCACUACUCGACUCGUUUCGUUGACCCGGCGUGGGGUUUCGCUAUGGGUUGGAACUAUGCGCUACAGUGGCUGAUUGUCCUGCCCUUGGAAAUUGUCGCUGCCUCAAUCACGAUAGACUACUGGAGUCCCGGUGUGUCAAACGCGGCAUGGGUGGCUAUAUUCUGGGUUCUGAUCGUCUCUAUCAACAUGUUCGGUGUCCGCGGUUACGGUGAGGCUGAGUUUGUGUUCUCGACCAUUAAGGUUAUUGCCGUCAUUGGAUUCAUUAUCCUCGGAAUCGUCCUGAACUGUGGUGGUGGCCCUGAGGGUGGCUAUAUCGGUGGACGCUACUGGCACGAACCCGGUGCUUUCCACAAUGGCUUCAAGGGUCUUUGCAGUGUGUUCGUCAAUGCUGCCUUCGCCUUUGCUGGUACCGAGCUGGUCGGUCUGGCGGCUGCCGAGACUGCCAACCCCCGCAAGUCGCUCCCCACUGCUAUCAAACAGGUGUUCUGGCGUAUUGCCCUCUUCUACGUGGUCUCUCUCACCCUGGUUGGCCUGCUCGUCCCCUAUGACAACCCGAAACUCGUCAGUGGUAGCUCGUCGGCCGAUGCCAAGGCUUCUCCCUUCGUCAUUGCCAUCGAAAAUGCUGGUAUCAAGGGUCUGCCCUCCGUCAUGAACGUCGUCAUCAUGAUUGCCGUGCUGUCUGUCGGUAACUCCUCCGUCUAUGGUUCCUCGCGUACCCUCGCUGCCCUUGCCGAGCAGGGUCAAGCUCCGCGCUUCCUGGCCUACAUCGACCGCAAGGGUCGCCCUCUCUGGGCCAUCUGCGUCGCCUCCGCCCUCGGUCUGCUCUGCUUCCUGGCUGCCUCGGACAAGCAGACUGUUGCGUUCGGAUGGAUGAUGGCCAUCUCCGGUCUCUCGUCCGUCUUCACCUGGGGCUCUGUCUGCUUCGCUCACAUCCGAUUCCGUCGCGCCUGGCAGGUUCAGGGCCACAGCCUGGACGAGCUGGCUUUCCAAUCUCAGCCCGGUGUCAUUGGCUCCUGGAUCGGUUUCAUCUUCAACUGUCUUGUGCUGAUCGCCCAGUUCUGGGUUGGUUUCGCUCCCGUCGGCUACAAGGAGAAGACCGCCUCGGAGUUGGUGUAUGCCUUCUUCUCCAGCUACCUGGCUGCCCCUGUCGUGCUGGCCUUCUUCAUCCCCUACAAGCUCUACUACCGUACUAAGUUUGUCCGGUCUCACGAGAUGGACCUCAGCACUGGUCGCCGCGACCUGGACAUUCAGCACUUGAUUGACCAGGAGCGGGCAGAGCAGGCCGCUUUGCCCAAGUGGAAGAAGUUCUACAAGCUUUUCUGCUAGAAAGUGGAGGCUCUUUUUGUGGAAUUUUCGUUCAUGUUGCGCAGGCGAUCUUUCUGGGAAAUGCACCCCCGCCUUUUUAUGUACAUCUCUAUUCUACAUCUCUUUGUCCUGGAUGUCUUUAUGACUCUUGUCCUAUGCUGACGAUUACGGAUACCAUAAUCAAGAAACGUCUUUUCUAUUA